AUGCUUGGCAAGAUCUUCACGCUAUAUCGUUCUGCUAUAAAAUGUGAUCUGCGACUUCUUAGCCAAUUCUCGUUCAAUCUCAACGUUGACUUUGAAAUUGAGGGAAUGGAGAAGAAAAAGAAGACAGCGCCGGGAAUGAUGACGAGCAUGAAAAAGAAAAUCAUGUCUACAGUGAUGACUGGCGAACAUAAGCAGAAUGGUGAAGAACCGUUGAAGAAAGGCGUCACUGAUAUGCUUAUAAAGCAUCAUUUGUUUAGUUGGGAUUUAUAG